UUUUUUUCUUUUCUUUACAACCUAAAGCGGGGAAUCAAUUUCUUAUUUUGCCUUUCUCUUCCCUUUUUAUUUCAAAGUGAUGUCAAACCAACAGAAACCUCCGUGCCAAAAAUAUGCCUGUGAUAUCCAAGACUGUUUAGCAAAGAACAACUACCAAGAGUCAAAGUGUCAAGACUUGAUAGAUAAACUUGACAAAUGCUGUCAAGAUCUCAUUAACAAUGGAGGCAAAAGUGCUUGCUGUCCAGAAAAGAAAUACAAAAAUAACCCGAGGACAAAAUAAAAAGACAGUUCAAACUACAAGA